AUGUCAGUGAUUGUGUUUUACUUGCAGGGUAAUUCCAAUUCUCUAUCAACAAUAGAUGUUUCAGCUGGAUAUAUUGGACUAGAGAGUUAUCAACCAGUCUUUACUGCUAUACUAAUGAUCUGUUCAACAUACAGUUGUCUCACUUUCUGGUUUAUAACAUUAGUUAAACAUAUUGUUAUAGAUACUCAUUGUAAGGAAAAGAUGUUUGAAGCAGGUGUGAUCUUGAUGUGUAUAAAAACUUUACCAAUAACCAUCUACACUUUACUUGUGACUGUUCAAAGAUACCAUUUAUUUGUUUGGACUGUAUUUUCACCCAAAGUACUAUAUGAAGGUGCUCUGUUAGUAUUAGUAUCAGUGAUAUCAGUGUUAUUAGUGACUACCUCAGUGUUUUUACCAAUAUGUAAAAUAAAAUCAUGAUAUUU